UGUGGUCUUGGAAUUAUUACAUUAUUUUAAUAUCACAAACCCAAAAAACAAUACAUUCAGAUCCCACCCAUCAGAUUUUUCUUUCCUAUUUCCUUUGCUUUCUCACUUGAGAAAAGACUCCUUCAAACAGUUUAUUUUGUUUGUGUCUUGCUUUUUUUUAUUAGUCUUCUGUUAUCAAAAUCUGAGGUAGAAUUCCGAAGUCUUCGUGCUUUAGUUGAUGUAUUUUUCGACGAAACUUGCAAGGAUAUAUUUGGAUCGGUAGACCAGUAGUGGGUUUCUGAAUUUGGAAACAGGACUGAAAGUGCUAGUGGGGUUGGUAAAAUUUGCAAAGAUGGAAGGUUCAAGGAGCAGGAGGGUGGAGAAAAGGGGCUAUGAACAGAGCGUGGAGGAUCAAGAUGACCUGCCCGGAUCAAAAAAGCCCAAGCUGCCCGCUUUAGCGAGUGUAAUUGUGGAAGCUUUGAAGGUGGAUAGUUUGCAACGACUUUGCUCUUCUUUGGAGCCUCUUUUCCGCAGAAUUGUCAGUGAAGAGGUGGAGCGCGCUUUGACAAGAUUAGGUCAUGCUAAACUUGUUGGAAGGUCUUCACCACCAAGAAUACAAGCCCCAGGAGGAAAGAAUCUGCAACUUCAUUUCAAAACAAGGAUGCCACCUCACUUAUUUACUGGUGGCAAGGUUGAGGGGGAGCAAGGAGCUUCUAUCCUUGUUGUUUUGCUUGAUGCGGACACCAGCAGUGUUGUUCAAACUGGACCAGAAUCAGCAGCCAAACUGAAUGUUGUGGUGCUGGAAGGUGAUUUCAAUGAAGAAUCUGAUGAUGAUUGGACCAAAGAGCAUUUUGAAAGUCAUGAAGUGAAGGAGCGUGAGGGGAAAAGACCGCUUCUGACUGGGGAUCUACAGGUGACCCUCAAGGAAGGGAUAGGAACUCUGGGAGAUCUUACUUUUACAGACAAUUCAAGCUGGAUAAGGAGCAGAAAGUUUCGCCUUGGGGUGAAAAUUGCACCUGGAUACUGUGAGGAUGUUCAUAUUCGUGAGGCUAAAACAGAGGCUUUUGCAGUUAAAGAUCAUAGGGGAGAAUUAUACAAGAAACAUUACCCACCUGCAUUACAUGACGAAGUUUGGAGAUUGGAUAGAAUUGCCAAGGAUGGAGCACUCCACAAAAAAUUGGUGAAGGCUGCAAUUGUGACUGUUGAAGAUUUCCUCCGUUUUCUUGUCAGAGAUCCACAGAAAUUAAGAAAUAUCCUUGGGAGUGGAAUGUCCAAUAGGAUGUGGGAGAAUACAGUGGAGCAUGCCAAGACAUGUGUAUUGGGUGGGAAGGUCUAUGUUUACUUCACUGAUGAAACUCAUAGCACUGGUGCUGUCUUCAACAAUAUUUAUGAGCUUAGGGGUCUCAUUGCUGAUGAGGAGUUCCUCCCUCUGGAGUCGCUUACCCACAAUCAAAAGAUUUCAACAGAUUCCCUGGUGAAGAGAGCAUAUGAGAAUUGGAGUCAAGUUGUUGAAUAUGAUGGCAAAGUCCUAAAUUCUCUAAUCGACAGUAAGAAGGUAACAAGAUCCUCAUCUACACCUAUAGUUGAUCACGGCCAUGUCAGGGAUCACUAUAUUAGAACUGCACCACACAGCCAGAACCAUAUCCCUUCUGACCCAAGCCCACAAUGCCAACAUGAAAAUAACCACCCAUCGGCCAGGCAACUGAUCGAAUACCCAUUUGUGAGGUCUGAUCCGACAAUGGAGAUGGCAUUGACAACUCCACAAGCAGCAUUAUCUAGCAGCAUGGAUUACAUGUCAGCAGGAACUUCUGCAAGGGGGAAUCCAUAUCUUUCAGGAGACUGCUCUCGGUCAAGGAAUGGACAGGGAUUAGAAGACUAUUUCUCUGAGGAAAUCCGGCUGAGGAGUUCGGAGAUGUUAGAAAAUGAUGAGAUGCAGAGAAUGCUAAAAACAUUCAAUAUGGGUGUUGAUGCUGGGAUGGGGCCUGCCUUUGGUCAUUCUGAUGAUGCUUGUUAUUCCUACAGUAUUCCAUAUGAGCGUCAGAUGGAUCAAACAUUUGGUCAGAUGGAUCAAGCAUUUGGUCAGGUGCAUGGCCGGGGAACAGGAAAGGCUGUUGUGGGAUGGCUUAAGUUGAGAGCUGCCUUGAGAUGGGGAAUAUUCAUAAGGAAGAAAGCAGCAGAGAGGAGAGCUCAGCUUGUUGAGCUAGACUGAAUUGAAUGCUUGGUAUCUGGCAACCACUACUCCCAACCUGAACCUGGUAUAUGAUUUCAACUUCUUUACCUCCAUCCUAGCAACUACCAGUUUUGGUAAUAAAGCCAAGUUACAGAAAGAAAGAAAGAAAGAAAAUACAGAAAAUAUGCCUGUCCUAUAUGUAUAACAGCUGAGGCUUUCACCUUAUCCCUUUCCAUAUGCCAUCUUUUUGUUCAAUUUUCUUGAAUAUCUUUUCUUCAGAGAAUACUCUGUUUUCUGUUUUUCUUCAUGUUUGUGCUAUAUAUCGAUAAGUCUAACUUAGUCACUGUUAGGGAAGGAUAUAUUAUUUCAUAUUGUAAGCUUUCUGAGGUAUGGAGUGAAUCAAAGCCCGCUUUGUAAUUUUACAAUCCUCAGUUCUUGUUGAUCAUGUUGUUCUGGGAAUUGAUUCUGAGGCUUUAAAUAUAAGCUCUACAUUAUUGUGCA